AUGUCGCACGGGCAGCAGGACCAGAACCCGUAUCAGCAUGGCCCCACGCAGGAGGCGGCGUACGGCCAAGGCUACGGCCAGGCAUAUGCUCACGGGCAGAACCAGCAGUAUGAAAUGCAGGACUACGGCAACCCGUAUCAGCAGCAGCAACCUCAGCAGCGGCCUACCCUUUCACAGCAAGACUUCCUCGCCCGCGUGGGAGAGCUGCGCAACGACAUAAAGAGCCUGACGAACCAGAUAGAGCACAUCGGGCAGCUGCACCAACGCGCGCUGAGCGGCACCGAUGGCAGAGCGAAGCAGGAGCUCGACGGCGUCGUGGCCGACACCCAGAUGCGUAACGAGGGCAUCAAGAACGGCAUCAAGAGCCUCGACCGUGACCUCGCGAACACGAGCACUUCCGACGGCAGCCGCAACACGAAGAAGACGCAGCUGCAGUCCCUCCGCACCUUUUUCAAGUCCGAGCUGGACAAGUAUCAGAGCAUCGAGCGCGACUACCAGCACAAGUACCGCGAGCAGAUUGCGAGGCAGUACCGCAUCGUCAACCCGGAGGCGACGGAGGAGGAGGUGCACCAGGCCACCGAGGCGGAUUGGGGCAACGAGGGUGUCUUUCAAACUGCCCUUCGCUCGAACCGUACUGGCCACGCAAGCUCCCUGCUCGGCAACGUCCGCGCACGCCACGGCGAGCUGAAGGGCAUCGAGGACACCCUGUACCAGCUCAGCCAGCUCUACGAACAGCUGGCCGUCCUCGUCGAUCGCGACGAGCCAGUCGUCCAGGCGGCCGAAAGCAAUGCGCAAACAACGGUGGAGAAUAUCGAGAAAGGCAACGAACAAGUCAAGCUGGCCAACGAGCACGCCCGCAGAGCCCGCAGGCUCAAGUGGUGGUGUGCCAUCAUCACCUGCGUCAUCCUCCUAGCCAUUGCCCUCGGCAUUGGCCUCGGCAUCUGCCUCACCGGAGACAGAUGCAGCCGCAAGAACUAA